AUGCCGUUUGGAUGUGUUACCUUGGGAGAUAAGAAGGAUUAUAACCAGCCAUCUGAGGUGACUGACAGAUAUGACCUGGGACAGGUAAUCAAAACAGAGGAGUUUUGUGAGAUAUUCCGUGCCAAAGAGAAAUCGACAGGCAAGCUUUAUACUUGCAAGAAGUUUCUGAAAAGAGAUGGGCGCAAAGUGCGAAAGGCAGCCAAGAAUGAGAUCAUCAUCCUGAAGAUGGUAAAGCACCCCAACAUUCUACAGCUGGUGGAUGUAUAUGUUACCCGGAAAGAGUAUUUCCUCUUCUUGGAACUGGCCACUGGUCGAGAGGUAUUUGAUUGGAUCUUGGACCAAGGGUACUACUCUGAGCGUGACACUAGUAAUGUCAUCAGGCAGGUCUUGGAGGCUGUGGCAUACCUGCAUUCACUGAAGAUCGUACACAGGAAUCUCAAGCUAGAAAAUUUAGUAUAUUACAACCGCCUGAAGAAUUCUAAGAUUGUGAUCAGUGACUUUCACCUAGCCAAGUUGGAGAAUGGGCUCAUCAAAGAACCUUGUGGAACUCCUGAAUAUCUAGCGCCUGAAGUGGUGGGGCGCCAACGAUAUGGGCGGCCUGUGGACUGCUGGGCUAUUGGUGUCAUCAUGUAUAUUCUCCUGUCGGGAAACCCACCCUUCUAUGAGGAAAUGGAUGAGGACGAUUAUGAGAAUCAUGACAAGAACCUAUUUCGUAAGAUCUUGGCUGGAGACUAUGAAUUUGAUCCUCCUUAUUGGGAUGAUAUCUCACAGGCAGCUAAGGACCUAGUAGCCCGUCUGAUGGAGGUGGAUCAAGACCAGAGAAUUACAGCAGAAGAAGCUAUUUCUCAUGAAUGGAUUUCUGGCAAUGCAGCUUCAGACAAGAAUAUAAAAGAUGGCGUAUGUGCUCAGAUUGAAAAGAACUUUGCCAGGGCAAAAUGGAAGAAAGCUGUCCGAGUAACCACAAUGAUGAAGAGACUCCGAGCGCCAGAACACACAGAUGCAGCCAAGCCAACCCCUCCCACUGCUGCCACAACAGAUGGUGCUGCUACAACACAGCCCAACAACACCCUGCAGGCUAAACCUGAAGCAGAUAACACAGCUCCAACAACUGAAGCUGCCCGGGUGGCCACAAUGGUAUCAGCCCCUGCAGAAGAAAUCCCAGAGGGAAAAACAUCCACAGCUCCAGCAACUAAAGCAGAAACAUCAACAAUGACAUCAGCAGGUCCAGCGACAUGCAACGGGGAAGGAACCACAGCUCCCAGUGCCACCCCUGAGUCCUGGAAUGAGGAGACUGGCUGA